CGGAGGGCGGGCGGCGCGGGAGGAAGCGGCGGCGGCGGCGGCGGCUCCAUGGCCCGGGCGCGCUGAGGAACGCGGCUCUCGCCUCAGCCCGGCGGCGGCGGUGGCGGCCGAACAAUGAAGCUCCUGAAGCCGACCUGGGUCAACCACAAUGGCAAGCCAAUUUUUUCAGUUGAUAUUCACCCUGACGGGACCAAGUUCGCAACUGGAGGACAAGGACAGGAUUCUGGGAAGGUUGUGAUCUGGAAUAUGUCUCCAGUCCUCCAGGAGGAUGACGAGAAGGAUGAAAAUAUUCCCAAGAUGCUUUGCCAGAUGGACAAUCACUUAGCAUGUGUGAACUGUGUGCGGUGGUCAAACAGUGGGAUGUAUUUAGCUUCUGGGGGAGAUGACAAACUGAUUAUGGUGUGGAAACGGGCUACGUACAUCGGCCCCAGCACCGUGUUCGGCUCCAGCGGUAAGCUUGCCAACGUGGAGCAGUGGCGAUGUGUCUCCAUCCUCCGGAGUCACUCAGGCGAUGUGAUGGACGUAGCUUGGUCUCCCCAUGACGCCUGGCUGGCCUCGUGCAGCGUGGAUAACACUGUUGUCAUCUGGAACGCUGUGAAGUUCCCAGAAAUUCUAGCUACUUUGAGAGGUCAUUCUGGCUUGGUGAAGGGGUUGACUUGGGACCCUGUUGGUAAAUACAUUGCUUCUCAAGCUGAUGACCGCAGCCUGAAGGUGUGGAGGACGCUGGACUGGCAGUUGGAGACUAGCAUCACCAAGCCUUUUGAUGAGUGUGGAGGGACGACACACGUGUUGCGACUCAGCUGGUCACCUGAUGGGCACUACCUAGUAUCUGCCCAUGCCAUGAACAACUCUGGCCCCACUGCCCAGAUCAUCGAACGGGAGGGCUGGAAGACUAACAUGGACUUUGUCGGGCACCGGAAAGCUGUGACUGUUGUGAAAUUCAACCCAAAAAUCUUCAAAAAGAAGCAGAAGAAUGGGAGUUCUGCGAAGCCCAGCUGCCCAUACUGCUGCUGUGCUGUUGGCAGCAAGGACCGUUCUCUCUCUGUCUGGCUCACCUGUCUGAAACGGCCUUUGGUUGUUAUCCAUGAGCUGUUUGACAAAUCCAUCAUGGAUAUUUCCUGGACUCUGAAUGGUCUGGGCAUUCUGGUGUGCUCCAUGGAUGGCUCUGUGGCAUUCUUAGAUUUCUCCCAGGAUGAGCUUGGAGACCCCCUGAGCGAGGAGGAGAAGAGCCGCAUUCACCAAUCUACCUAUGGCAAGAGCUUGGCCAUCAUGACCGAGGCCCAACUCUCCACAGCUGUCAUUGAGAACCCUGAGAUGCUCAAGUACCAGCGGAGGCAGCAACAACAGCAGCUGGACCAGAAGAGUACCACAGCCAGAGAGACGGGCUCAACUGCCUCUGUCGCUGGUGUCGUUAAUGGGGAGAGUCUAGAAGACAUCAGGAAGAAUCUUUUAAAGAAACAAGUUGAGACUCGGACGGCAGAUGGUCGGAGGAGAAUCACACCUCUCUGCAUAGCACAGCUGGACACCGGGGACUUCUCCACAGCGUUCUUUAACAGCAUCCCGCUCUCGGGCUCCCUGGUGGGCACCAUGCUCUCCUCUCAAAGCAGUCCACAGCUGCUGCCCCUGGACUCCAGUACCCCCAACUCCUUCGGCGCCUCGAAGCCUUCCAUAGAGCCUGUGGCGGCAGCCGGCACCAGGCCUGCAGGCGAUUCUGUCAGUAAGGACAGUGUGAACGCUACCUCUACUCCUGCUGCAUCAUCACCCUCCGUAUUAACAACCCCGUCCAAGAUCGAACCGAUGAAAGCAUUUGACUCUCGAUUCACCGAGCGGUCCAAAGCCACACCGGGUGCUCCUGCCUUGACCAGUGUGACUCCAACAGCCGUGGAAAGGUUGAAGGAACAGAACCUUGUGAAAGAGCUGAGGCCCCGGGACCUCCUGGAGAGCAGCAGUGACAGUGAUGAGAAGGUCCCUGUGACCAAGCCCUCCUCGCUGUCCAAGCGAAAACUGGAGCUCGAGGUGGAAACGGUGGAGAAGAAGAAGAAAGGGCGGCCUCGGAAGGACUCCCGGCUCAUGCCUGUGUCUCUGUCUGUCCAGUCCCCAGCUGCCCUGACUGCAGAGAAGGACACCAUGUGUUUGUCUGUACCAGCGCCUGCACUGAAGCUGCCCAUGCCGGGCCCCCAGAGAGCAUUCACCCUCCAGGUGAGCUCUGACCCCUCCAUGUACAUUGAGGUGGAGAAUGAAGUGACGGCCGUGGGGGGUGUGAAGCUGAGCCGCUUGAAGUGUAACCGGGAAGGGAAGGAGUGGGAGACGGUGCUCACGAGCCGGAUCCUCACUGCUGCCGGCAGCUGUGAUGUGGUGUGUGUCGCCUGUGAAAAGAGGAUGCUGUCAGUGUUCUCCACCUGUGGUCGCCGCCUCCUCCCUCCCAUCCUCCUGCCGUCCCCGAUCUCCACUUUGCACUGCACGGGCUCCUACGUCAUGGCGCUCACUGCUGCAGCCACACUGUCUGUCUGGGACGUUCACAGACAGGUGGUUGUUGUGAAAGAAGAGUCUCUACACUCCAUCUUGGCAGGCAGUGAUAUGACAGUGUCACAGAUCUUGCUGACACAGCAUGGAAUCCCAGUGAUGAACCUGUCUGAUGGGAAGGCAUACUGCUUUAAUCCGUCACUUUCUACUUGGAACCUGGUUUCUGACAAGCAGGACUCCCUGGCCCAGUGUGCGGACUUCAGGAGCAGCCUGCCUCCCCAGGACGCCAUGCUGUGCUCGGGACCCUUAGCCAUAGUCCAGGGUCGUGCCACCACUUCAGGAAGGCAGGCGGCCCGGCUCUUCUCCGUGCCUCACGUGGUGCAGCAGGAAACCACCCUGGCCUACCUGGAGAGUCAGGUCGCGGCGGCGCUCACGCUACAGUCCAGCCAUGAAUACCGCCAUUGGCUCCUCCUUUACGCACGGUACCUCGUGAACGAAGGGUUUGAAUACCGACUUCGAGAAAUAUGCAAGGACUUACUGGGUCCGGUUCACUACUCCACUGGAAGCCAGUGGGAGUCAACAGUAGUGCUUUGUCUGCUGUCUUCAACGGGAGAGGUGGUUCUGGAUUACCUGCGAAGUAGAGCUAUUUCCCCCCGCACACCUCACCUCCAGGGCAGCCUGAUAGACUGUCGGCUUGAGUGGGAGACAGGGUCUGCGGAAGAGGGAGCUGCUGAAGGAGUUGCUGCCAGUCAUCGGGCAGAACCUCCGCUUCCAGCGCCUCUUCACCGAGUGUCAGGAACAGCUCGACAUUCUGAGGGACAAGUAGCCUGCCCAGGCCAGCCCUGGCUGACGCAAGGGCAAGGCCACACUCUCACCGCUGAUGACACACAGGGCCGCCUCACACCUCAUCAGGCUACAGUAGGACGGGGAAACACUGGCAGGAGAUGGGCUGUCCUGCACCAGCGUCGGCCCAGCUCCCUUGGCGGACUUCCCCUCUGUCCUGGGCCUGUUGCUCCAUUGGAAGGGAGCAGCUCUGCCCACAACUCAUCCCUCCCUCCAGGACCCCUGUGCAGAGCUGGGGCUGGGGCUCUGCUCUGCUGCCCUGGGCUCGGUGAGGCGCUCCCAGGCCUGCCAUCUCCAGCACGGUCCCGAGGUGGACACUAGCCUCUGCCGCUGCAGGCGCUGUGCUGCUUCAGCUAUGACGAAUGAGCCAUUUGUGAACGAGAACCCUGAAACGUUAGGGUAUUAUGCAGUCAGUAGACUGACCCGAGACCUAUGUAAAAGGAAAGGCUAUUCCCACACACGGACUAUUUUUGUACUAGAAUUUGCUAACUUGUAAUAUGGAAUUUUCCUUUCAGCCAAUAAUCAGGAUUUCCCUAUAAGUCACUUGGACAUUGGUCACUUGUAGGAAAUUUAAACUCUAAUUAUGACAGCUACGUUGAAAAAUAAUUGUACUGAAAUUAACUUGUCUAUCUUCAUUUGGUUUUAAUUUUUAAAUGUUUGUAAAAAGAGACUGUUUUUUGAGGGAUGGGGCAGAGGGUGGGCGAUUUCUUUUGUAAGUAUAAAAUAAAUGAACACACAUUGGAUACCAAAUCAUCCUGGCUUCCCUUGCCUUUUCCUUCUGACUUCCACCUUCCUGCCAUCUGUGGACCCUUGUCCUAAAGUGGGCAGUGGCAGAACAUCAGAGCCAGAGGGAUCUUGGCCCCCAGCCCUUCACGCAGAUACUCGUUUUGCAGCAGGGUGGCUACGCCCUGGUCGUGCAGCAUCUCAGGCUGACCCGGGGCCGGUGGGGAGGCCACCUUGCACAUAUCUUCUCCCAAGCCAGACAUCGAGGCCCUUAGUUCUGGCUGCACUGUGCCCCAAGUCCCUGAUCCUGCUGUGCACCAAGGGCUGCAGCUGACUUGCCAAUUUCCUGGAGGGAAGUCAGUAGGUACCGACUCGGAUUUUCUGAAGAAUUAUCUGGAAGCUGGGAUUUUCUUAGAAAGUGGUCCAGAUGCUGACCCACAGGAGUGGAGAGUGCCAGAAUCACAGAUUCUUCAAACAUGGUGAGGGCUGAGUACCUUCACCUCUGGGUCCUGGACCUCAUUGUCACCUCCCUGCCGGAUUUGUAUGAUCCUAAGUCUGAGGAAGGAGGCCUGGACUUGGAAUCAGAAGGCCUGGGUGACUGGCCACUGACAUCCCCUCUGUGGCUGCUUCCCUGCCUAGUGACCGUCCCAAUGCUUGUCUCACUCAGAUGUCAAGUGGCUGGAUGGGACCCAGGCCCACACACAUGCCUGACAAAGCCAAUGCAGAGUGCACGUGGGCAUGAGUGUCUUAAAACCCAGGCUGCAAGUGUGAGCUUUUCUUUAAAAAAUGAGAAGCCAGAGAUGGUGUGCAGAUCAGGCAGCUCCCCUGGCAAUUCUGGAGCAUUGCAUUGAUACCUGUGGAGCCAUAGGAUGCACACGGCCUCAGGACUGACAAGUCUGUCUGGGGUCCAAACCAGCAAAAAUCUGGGCCUCGCUUUUCAGCUGUCAAAUGGAGAUGGGGUUAAGAAAACCUGCAUGGUUGUGAGGAUUAACAGGGAUCACAUAGGCAAAGUCCUGGCACUUAGCAAACAUUCCCUUGAAGAAACUUUGACAAAUCAGUGUUUUUACACUACUAUUUAGAGAGGAGAGAUAUGAGAAGCAGAAUGAGUGGUCGGGGACUUCUGCUUCUUACCAAAAUGGAGUAACAGGAACGAAAUUGACCCUCCUGCCUGAAACAACCAAAGGAACCAGUCAAAAUACGUGAAACAAUGGUCUUAAGACACUGGAUGUCUGAAAACAAAGGACAGUGAUCCCUGGGAGAUGGAAAACAAGCAAAAUGAGCCCCACAGUUGCCCCAGCUCACUACCUGGAGAGAGUUUCCAGGCUACAGGAAAGGGAGAGGAAGCUGAAGCAGAGCCCAGUGGACUACUUGAGCUGAGGAAGCUGAGAGCCCAGGGAGACCAAGGCAGCUGGAGUUCACGGGACAGAAUACCAGAAAGGAGGAAGCUCCACGGAGACACCCUGGAGCUCAGCAGAGCGAGUGAGGACGCAUCGGUGCAUACACCUGAGGAAACGGUGAGGCCAGGCAAAGAACCAUCUGAAAGGAUAUGGGUGAAAAUUACCAGCUGUCACUCAGGGCUGGGAGUAAUGCCUGUUCCUACCAACCAGACUGGAAAAACUCAUAGCUCACAGGCUUAUGACAGAGUACUCAGGAAGUCUUGCCUCCGUAUUAGAGAAUAAUUAGAGCACUGCUCCAGAUCCAUCUAACAAAAAAUAAAAGCCAGAUGCCAAAGGAUCAAACUGUUUCCAAGUAAUUAAUUACAUUGCAAAGCAACGUUCAAGAGGAUUUAUGAGAAUACAAAAGUAUGCAACAUCCAUCAAGGUAAAGUUCACAAUGUCUGGCAUCCAAACAAAGAUGACCAGGCGCACACACAAGCAGGAACGCAACCCCAAAUGAGGAAUGUAAUCAAUCUGACGCAUCAGAACCGACCUGAACUCACACAGAUAUUAGAAUUAGCAGAGAAAGGCGUUAAAAUGGUUAUUAUAACACUUCUUUAUAAUGAUGAUUGUAACAAUUCCUUUUUGAACUUAUGUUCAAAAAGUUAAGUGGAAACAUAGAAGACCAUAACUAGAAAGUCACAAUCAAACUUAAAGAGAUGAAAACUAUAACAUGGAGAUGAAACAGUACAUGGGACAGGAGAAAUGGCAGAUUAGAUAUUGCAGAAGAAAAGAUAGUGAAUUUGAAGGCAUACUGAUAAAAAUGCUCCAAAACAGAAAAAAUUAAAAGAGGAAAGAAAAGAAAAUAGCAUUAGUAAGCCAUGGAUCAAUGUUGAGUAGCCCUAAUAUACAAGAUGGAAGUCCUCAAAGGAGAGGUGAGAGAAGCAGGUGACAGAAAAAAGUAUUUGAAGAAAUAAUGGCCAAAAACGUGCUCCACCCCUUCCUGCUCUCCCUUAUGCCCCUGCAAGUGGCCCCUGUGCCACUGCCCAUUUUCCCCUCACCCCUACCCCUGCCAUGCCUGCUGACCUCCCUACCCCUGUCCACUGGUGUCCCGCACCUUCCCACUACCUCUACUUGCUGAACUUGUUCACAAGCAGAACACCGGGGGCCUGUGCUUUCCUGGGCUGGGACUCCCUGGGUCUUGUCUCACAGUUCUGACCUGAUUACCUUGGUCAUCUCCCCACUUCGGCUUUCAGAUCACUGUGAGGAGUCAAGAGCCCUUCACUAAUCAGGUCGGUGCAGCGGGAGCUUGUGUAUACAUGCAGCAGGCACACAGGCACACUCGAGAGAAAAAGCAAAAUCCGUCAGCUCUUCCCACGCUGGAUCUGUGUCGCUGUCCUCUCACACACGUGGCAAAUGUUUUCUCCAGAUUGUUCUUCAUCUUUAAAUUGUAUUUGUGUGUUGACUUAAGUUUCUAAUUGUUGUGAAAUUUAAUUGCUGUUCUUUUGUGAUGCCUUUAACUAUUUUAAGCUUUACCAAAGACAUGUGAUGGCAAAUGAAAAAGCUCAUGAAAAGAUGCUCAACAUCAUAAAUCAUUCAGAACAUGCAACGUAAAACCAUAAUGACAUAACAAUACAUACCUAUCAGAAUUGCAUUAAAUUUUAAAAAACGUACAAUACUGACUAUGGAUGAGAAUGUGGAACAACUGGAACUUUCAUACAUUGCUAGCACGAAGGCAAAAUAGUAUAGUCACUUUGAUAAAGAGUUUGACAGCUCCUCGUACAGUUAAACACACACUUACUGUAGGACCCAGGUAUUCCACUCCUAGGUUAUUGUUUCUGUUUUUGUUUUAAGAUACAGAACAUUUUCCACACCAUGAGGAUGCCUCAUGUUGCCCUUUAAAAAACAAUAAUAACAUCUUUACUGAGAUGUAAUUUGCAUAACAUGCAGUUCACCUGUUUAAAGUGUACAAUUAAUUCAAUCACUUUUAGUACAGUCACUUUUAGAACAUUUUCAUCAUAUUGAAAAGAAACCCUAUACCUUUUAUCAUGCCCCAUCCCCCACCCCCAUUAUCCCUAAGCAACCACCAGUCUACUUUCUGUGUAUAUUUACCUAUUCCGGAUAUUUCAUAUAAAUGGAAUCAUAGAACACAUGGUAUUUUGUGACUAGUUUCUUUCUUUAGCAUAAUUUUUUCAAGGUUCAACCAUGUCAUACCAUGUAUCAGUACUUUGCUCCUUUUUAUGGUCAAAUAAUACUCCAUUGUACAGAUAAACCACAUUUUGCUUAUCUAGUCAUCACUGAUGGACAUUCAGGUUGCUUCCACCUUUUGGUGAUUAUGCAUGAUACUGCUAAUAAACAUUUGUGUACAA